AUGCUGACUCAGAGGGACGCAAUGCGGCUGAUCAAGACCACGGCCGAAGCAGUGAUGGAAUCACUUCGGAUGCUGCUCAUCAUCCUGAUGAACCAGAUCGAAGUGAAAGCCCCGGACCAAGAGAUCUCAGACCACCAUGCCAACUCACUGCAGUCCCUUCUGGAACAUGUGUGCAACCAGAAGGAAAAGAUCGAAGAACUCGCCGAGGCUCUCAAAGCAAUCAAGUCCCCUCGCAAGUCUCGGGGAAACGGUGGGCCAAAGCCGUCAGAGCCUGGAGACCUCUCGGAUUUCUCAUGGGAGCUGGAGGAAGAGGAACUGAUGGCGUCAAUGACAAUUCCCUCAAAGAGGACUGCCCCAAGGGUGAUGCCAACCAAUGUGACACACCGGAAUCAAGUUCCCCUGCCGGUUCCGGUGCAGACCAACGAGAACCAGCUGGCGUUGACGGCUCAGGCAGUGGAGAGUUGGGGGAACAAGAGAAUCUCGUGGGGAAAGACGCACAAUGGGAAGAGAUUCGCGGAGGUUUACGAGGAAAACAACAGCUAUGUCGACUGGAUCACAGCAAGGGCAAAGAAUGCGACACCGGCCAUGCAGGACUUCAUCACCUACUGCCGAGCUCGAGAAGACAUGGAAAGCCAGGCAGGUCAAUUGAAGCUGUUGAAGAAGGUUUUUCUUUGGAAACCCAAGCAUGUGUGGAUGGCUCCAGAAUGUGCCCCAUGGUGUCCUUGGAAUCGUUUCAAUCAAAUGAGGGGCGUAUCAUCCUUUUGCCGCAUCCAAGACAACCAAGAGAGGUCCCGGGAACAGCUCACCUUUUGUUCCCUGGUUUGCAAAAUACAAUUGGAUCGCGGUGAUCACUUUCACUUGGAAAACCCUGGACCCUCAGGUAUGUGGCAUCAGAAUGAAAUGCAGGAGAUAUGCAGUAGCACAAAGCCAGCAUAUUUCGACCAGUGUCGCUUUGGUCUCAAGCAUCCGUGUCUCCAAGAACCCAUGCAAAAGAGAACGCGUGUUCAAACGUCCUCAGAAGAAAUGUUCCAAAGCAUGGACAGUCGUUUCUGUCAGCAUGACCAUGAACAUGUCCCAAUUGCUGGAAACUGUUCCUAUAAGGGCCAGAACAUACAGGUGUCACGUUUUGCUGCCUUUUACCCAAGGGUUCUUGCGAAGAAACUGGCUGAAGUGAUCAUGCGACCGAAGCAUUCACAUGUUGUUGCCCCGAUAUUUAUGAUCGACCAGGAAUGCCUCCCAGUCCGCUCACUGGAUGAUGCCGACAAGUUGCUCGAGAGUUCUCCCAAACGCAUGAAGAAAACAACCGAUGAAAACACCAAGAAAAACAACCGCAAAAGACCCCUUGAACUCAAUGAACAACAGAAGAUUGAUGAUCCUCAAUGGAAAGAGCUCAUGAAUAGGUACCGAAAAGAGUUACCUAAAUCAGGGGUAGUAAGAUGGGAGGGGAACCAAAAUAGCGAAGUUCAGGCUAUUCAGAAACUAUGUCCUGAGAUGCAAGUUCUGUCCGUAAUGGCAGGAAAAGGGCGUGAAAAAUAUGUGGUUCAUCCUGACCAAUUGCCUUUCCGACGAACCAUAAUCUUGAGCAGGCUUGCAUAUGAAGUUUUUGACCUAGGAACUGAAGACCUUCAAGAGAUGUCCAAGAACCAACAGAGCCGCAAAGCUGAAAUAUCCGCUCACAUCAUGGUUUGCGUGUUUGGUAGACCAAGUGAAGCAAUAGAGUCGAAUGAUAGCCAAACUCAUGAGACAAAUGCCGAGGAGAACUCCAGCCGAGUUCCUAGUGCCGAACUGCAAGAGCCAUCUGCGAUGGUCCCAUCCAACGGGAAGAUGUUCGCAGACAGCGUGUCCGAUGUUCAGUUGCCUGCCAAUUCAUGGACGUCAGCAGCGGUUUCAGUGUCAGGUCCAAGGUAUUUGAAGUUGUCGGAACAAAGGAAGUCAUACAUCCGUAAAUUGCACCACAACCUUGGACAUCCGACAGCUGAACGCCUUUCCAAACACCUGGCUGACCUCGGAGCCGAAGAGCUCUUAGUUCAGGGAGCUCUAGACUAUCUCUGUGCACCGUGUGCUGAACGACGCCCACCACGACUGAAUCCCACAGGUACCCUGAAGGAGGCACGUGACUUCAAUCAACGCAUUUAUAUAGAUGGGUUUGAUUGGAAAGGGGAACAUGGAUAUCAGGGCUAUGUCGUUCACAUCAUCGAUGAAGCAACCCAAUUUCAUUUGGGACGUCGCACUGUUCGAGAUGGAAUACAAGCUCAAAAGGUGUUUGAAGAUUGCUGGAACAAUUGGGCCGGGUCACCCGGCGAAAUCGUGAUGGACUGCGGAGGUGAAUUUGUAGCUGACCCUUGGAAAGAGUUUCUUCAGCGUGAAGGCAUAACUCCGAUACUGACAGCAGGACCAUGGCAAAGAGGUAGGAUUGAGAGACAUGGAGGUAUUGUAAAAGAAAUGCUCCAUAGAAUAGACCAAGCUCAACCAAUCCGCAAUGAGAAAGAGUUCGAAAGGGCCCUAGCCCAAGUUUUCCGUGCCAAAAAUUCCCUUGCAUCAGUAGGAGGGUAUAGUCCUGAACAAGCUGUCCUUGGUAAAGCUACUCGCCUUCCAGCUUCAAUCAUCAGCGAUGAGGGCAAUCCAGCCCAUUUGCAUGCAGCCAUGAACGAUGGCCCAGAUGCGGACCGUUUCCGUGCAGCACUUGAGUUGAGGGUUCUUGCCAGAAAAGCCUUUAUCGAUAGUGAUAACAGUCAAGCCAUUCGCAAAGCCUUACUCCGAAAGUCAAGAGGAGAAAUCACAGAAUGGUCAUGUGGACAACCAUGCAUGUUUUGGGACAAAAGGAAAUCCGCAAACAUGUUAGAAAAAGGGAGAUGGUGUGGCCCGGCACAGGUUGUUUUGGUUGAGUCAAAAACCAUAGUUUGGAUCACUCACAUGAAUAGAAUCCUCAGGUGCGCCAGAGACAAUCUCCGACCUGUCAGUUUGCGCGAGUUUGAACGCCAUGCAUCUUUCAAUCAACAGAUUGAUACACAAAGGGCACAACAGAUGGCUUCACAACUGAGGAGGCGCUUACAUGAGAAAAGUGGUAUGUUCCAAUUUUCCGACCUCAGUGAAAUUCCUCCCGAACAUGAAACAACAGAAGCAGUAGUCACUCACAAUCAGCCCGAAGAAGAACCUACUCGAAGACCUUCCCAUGAACCGGUUCCAGAAAUCAAUCCUGAAGAAAUAGCCAUCCCCGAUAUUUCUGAGAAAGCAUGGGAAGCUGAAGAUGAAAGUAUCAAGUCACCGAGUAGCUAUGCACCAGGAACGCCUUUUGGGGAAGACAACAAUAGUGGUAUUGGGGAUAAUGAUACCGGGGUUAACCUAAUGGGGAAUGAUAGUGUAGAAGAUAGCAAUGUCGUGUACAAUGCCUUCUUCACUGAAGCCAACGUUCCCGGACCUGCCAUCCGAAGUGACGAAGACACACUUUGGAGUGAAGCUGAAGAGGACAGGCGACCAUACUGCGAGUAUGAAUUCGAUGUUCCCCAGCAACAGGUUCAAAGGUUUUUGCAAGACCCAAAAAUUCACACCUCGCUUUUGGCAACAGCCGCGAGGAGAGCCCGGUCUGAAGUCAGGUAUGCCACUUUGAAUGAUGGAGAGAAAGAACUUUUCAAACAAGCUAAAGCCAAAGAACUGAGCUGUUGGUUGGAAACAAGUGCAGUCAGGAAAAUACUGAGGCAUAAGAUAUCCCCAAACAGGAUCAUGACAAGCCGAUGGAUCCUCACAUGGAAACCCGAUGCAACACUCCCAAAUGGUCGCAAGGCCAAAGCCCGACUUGUGGUAAGAGGAUAUCAGGAUCCAGAACUGGACCAGGUAAGUACUGAAUCCCCGACAUUGUCUCGAGAUGCAAGGAUGCUGUUGCUGCAAGUGAUAUCCUCUUCGGGAUGGACAGUGCAGAACUUUGACAUUACAACUGCAUUCUUAAGGGGCAAGUCUGACGGGAGACAAUUGGCGAUGGAACCAGUUGCAGAAUUGAAACAACUUUUGAAUUUGUCUGGCGAUGAAGUCCUGCUGUUAGAAGGAAACGCCUAUGGAAGAGUUGAUGCACCAUUGCUUUUCUACAAAGAAUUCCGUCGACAGUUGGAGAAGGUUGGUUUCGAAGCACAUCCACUUGACAAUUGCCUAUUUCUCUUGCGUAACAAAAAGAAUCCAGAAGUCCUAGAUGGAGUGUUGGGUACACAUGUAGAUGAUGGUUUGGGAGGUGGAAACGAAAACUAUGAAAAUGCACUCAAAGAACUGCAGAAGGUACUUCCUUUUGGACAGAGGGAAUAUCGAAAGUUUCGUUUUACUGGUUUGGACAUUGAACAGCUGCCUGAUAAUUCAAUCAAGAUUAGCCAAGAAGAAUACAUCAACAAGAUUGAACCUAUUCAGAUACCCAAAUCACGCAGGUCAGAAAAGGGGUCCAACGCGCUAGCGUCAGAAGUGCAUGACCUCCGAGCCUUAUGCGGAAGUUUGCAAUAUGCAGCAGUUCAUAGUCGACCAGAUAUGGCAGCCAAGGUGGCGUUCAUUCAGAAGAACAUUUGUAGCGCGACUGUUUCAACGUUGCUGGAGGCCAAUCGAGUCUUAGCUGAAGCACAACAGACGGCGGAUACCUCCAUUAUGGUGAGGCCUCUCCCGCUGAGCCAAGUGACUUUUGCGAGUUUCGGCGAUGCCAGUUUCGCCUCAGCCUCUCAACUCAAAGCCCAACAAGGGUUGUUUAUAGUUGCGUGUACUCCGGAGUUAGCUGCCAACCGAACUUCCGAGAUCAGUCCAAUGUCUUGGAACUCCAAACAGAUAGGAAGAGUGGUAAGAUCAACGCUUAGUGCUGAGGCAUAUGCAAUGAGUUCCUCUCUCGACAAACUUACAUGGCUGAGGUGUUUGUGGGGUUAUAUCCUUAGUCCAAGUUUCAAGUGGCAAUACCCUGAGAGUUCCUUGCAGGAAGGUCCCAAAGCUCUCCUCAUCACCGACUGCAAAAGCCUUUAUGACCUAACAACGAAGUUAGCGGUUCCUAACUGUGAAGAGUGGCGAACUACAGUUGAUGUUAAUUAA